GAACUCACAUCAACACGUUUCAGUCUUGUUACCGGAAAGUCGCGCGCGCUCUCCAUGCCCUUGUGGAGCACCUUCGCGGUCCCUUUAACCCUUUAAACCGCCGUUGAAUGAGCUCGCGCGCGCUCUAUCACCGUCUCCGGUAUCAACCGUCCCGCGCAUGAGCGCAGCGGGCUAAAUCUGUCGUGUGCCAUGAAGACGAGCCGCCGGUGUCGCGCGCUGCUCUCCGUGGGCUUGAACCUGCUCGCGCUGUUGCUCUCGAGCACGGCGUUCGCCACAGCGUACUGGUGCCAGGGCACGCAGCGUGUCCCCAAACCGAGCUGCAACAAGGAGCGGCGCCACCACUGUAUCGACUACGGAGCCAACGGCACCGACCCGAGCAAAGUGCACUACAGCUGGGAGACCGGAGACGACCGCUUCCUGUUCCGCCGCUUCCACGCGGGCAUCUGGCACUCGUGCGAAGAGAACAUCCACGGUGGAGGGGAGAAAUGCAGGAGCUUUAUUGAUCUGGCUCCAGCGUCGGAGAGAGGUGUCCUUUGGCUGUCAGUGGUCUCUGAGGUGUUAUACAUCAUGCUGCUGGUGGUUGGCUUCAGUCUAAUGUGCUUGGAGCUCUUUCACUCCAGCAAUGUGAUCGAUGGCUUGAAGCUGAACGCCUUCGCCGCCAUCUUCACGGUGCUGUCAGGACUUUUAGGGAUGGUUGCUCACAUGAUGUACACCCAAGUCUUCCAGAUCACAGUCAGUCUAGGACCCGAAGACUGGAGACCGCACACCUGGGACUACGGCUGGUCCUUCUGCAUGGCUUGGGGAUCCUUUACCUGCUGCAUGGCUGCCUCAGUCACCACGCUCAACUCCUACACGAAGACGGUCAUCGAGUUCCGUCACAAGCGCAAGCUCUUCGAGCAGGGUCUCCGUGAGGAACAAGCCUUCCUUGACCAAGAAGCCUACCACUACUUUCAGGAACGCUCUGUGCAGUCUGUCUCCAGCUCGGUGGACCUCUACCCAGGCCACAGUGGCGCUCACGGCGGCGCCUAUAGCAGCGGCCGGGGGAAAAUGCGCGCGCCUCCAGCUUCCGUGGACAUGACGGACAACACGGAUUCUCUGGGAGAAGAGCAAUGCUGAGGACGGCUGCUCGCAGAAAGACCAUUUGUGCUCUGAAUAUAUUCCAAGUCUUGGGGAUUCAGAACUUUCUGGAAGACACGUGGACGUCUCCGUGGGGCCAAAACGUUUCUAUUUGAGUUUAUAUUUGGUUGAAUAAAAAGUGAAAUAUUUUCUGAGUAUGUGUAAAGGAUGUGAAGGAGAUGAUAAAAGAAUGGAU